GUGCAACAUGAAUUUCCCGUAAUUGAUACUUGGUAUUUGAAAUACUAUUUAUCAGUAUUUGUGACAGGCUCUGCUAUAACAGGCAGCUAAACUUUUUGUCCAAAUAUUAUGAAGAUGGCCCAACAAAAAAUACAGGUUUUUGUAAGAUGAGAAUGUAAUGUUUGUUUCCCGAGGGUUUGUACCUACAAAUAAAAAGCAGGUGUAUUUACAACCUGACAACCUCUAUGUACCUAUAUGGUUUUGAUAGAAAGCCAAACUUUUGGCAACUAUGUUUUGCGACCACAAUUAGCAGCCACACCGAUACAAACGAGCAGCACACAAACAAUAUUAUUUAUCAUUCAUUAGCCGGUGAAACGUAAAACGUGUAUUAAUAACAAUCUUGAUUUGAAAGUUCUGAGAAAAUGGAGAGAUCACAAGAGGCGUCUCAAGACUCUGUGCAAAACUCACCGCGUCUAAUUGUACAUGGCGAAGAGGAAAAAUCCUGGUUUCGAAAAGUUAAGGACAAAUUUUUGCCUGGGGUCAAAAUUUCCUUGAUAAUAGCACUUUUGUGUUAUUUUGCAUUAUUUGUGAUUGGAAUAUGGGGUAUUCACAGAUGCCCAGCAGAGGAUAUGAUUCCAUUUUUUGUGAUAGUUACAGGGGCAAUUGGGUUGGUCAAUAAAACUCUCAGCAUUCUAAAGGAGACAGUGCUAAAGACAACAGAUAAAAUACAUUUAUGGGAAUCGUCUACCUAUACAGUGGAACUGGUAUUUUUAAUCUUAGGUUCCUACUGGGUUUUCAAAGAAUACAAGCCAAACUUCAUCAACCCGAAUGAUAAGAACUAUUGCAACAAAACCGUUUAUAUGUCUGCAUUUAUAUACUUAGCAGUUUUGUACGCUUUAUUAGGAAUAAUCGUCAUCUCCUUCUUCUGUUUCUUGGGUUGCAUAUUUUUCGUUAAAAAAACAGAGGAUGCUAAUAAUGAAGAUCCCGAAUCGCCGACUAGACCUAUGCAACCGCAAAAUGGCUCACCAUAGAGAAAAGCCUUUAUAUAUAGCUAAGACAAACUACUUAUUUUUAAAACAUUAUAUUGGGUCUACUUAUACAUGUAUGAGACUGCAUUGUUUUUUUAUUUUAUAUUAUAUUUUGUAUAUAUGUAUUUUACUUUAUUAAAAGUUGCAAGUUAUGUUUUAUCGU